CUUUCCUGUUUGCAAUGACCAAAAAGAAAAAAAUAAAGUCAAGUGUACUCACGUUGCCAUUCAGCUCAAAGCUAGUAAAACGAAUCAGACUAGGAGGCCUAAAUUGGGUCGCACGUUUUCACAGUAUAGACGUUUUUGAUGGUUUUGCGAUUCACUAGCGCUAUAACAGGUUAAUCUACGACUAGUCUGAAGAGGCCACCCAGAAGUGGACCACGCAUCGUGGUAACACAGCGGGUUAAUGCUUUCAGGAAUGUUUCAUGUAAAUUUGCAAGCUUCCGUUCUCUCAUACCAGCCGCGCUGACACAGUGGCAUCGCGUUACUAUGGCAUCGCGUUACUGAGCACUUGAUAGAGGGUUCGACUCCCUUGAGCGCCGGCCACAUUUCUUUCGCAACGAACUGCAAAAAAAAAAAAAAAAAAAAACGCCCGUGUACCGCGCCUUGGGUGCACGUUAAAACAAACCCAAGUGACCAUAAUUAUUUUGGGGCACUCCACUACCACGUUUAUCAUAACCCACAGUGCAAUUUAAGAAACUUAAACCCGAUAUUGUCAUUUUUUCCUAUGUUAAAUAGACUACAGGGAACGAAAUAAAAUGCAAGCAAAAAAAGAAGAAAGAGAGAAGGUGUCACUACGACAAAGCGGCGUACUUAAUUUUCCCAGCAUGUGACGUUUCUUGUCUUAUAUUAUUAUUAUCUUAAAGUUAAGUGAAAAAGGGCAGCCGCCACCAUUAUGAGGCGAUUACUUUUAUUUUCUUUAUAGCAACAACGAAAAAAGCUAUAUCAGUCAAAAGUCGCCUGCGAAUCUUUACCGUGUUCACUUCUCUCUCUCUCUCUCUCUCUCUCUCUCUCUCUCUCUCUCUCUCUCUCCUGGUUUUACGUCCUUCGUAAGUGUUCAUUUCAUCCCAUCGUGGUAAUCCGGCAUGUAGAGACACUGCGAGUGCAAUCCUCCCAUCACAACCCUUAUUUCUGCGCGAUUACGCAGGUAACAACGGCCGACCACUGCGUCCACCGCAGCGGCAAGCAGCGCGUAAAAGCUGGAGCCGUGACGGAGCCAACAGGUCAAGUUCAGGCAACCCCCAGCGACACGGGCCAGAAAGCCUUGCCUCCGCCAGCGAAGCGAGCGGGAGGCGGGCACGACGGUUCCUGGAGGCGCGCGUAUGAACCACAAGCCAUUCUUGCAGCGAAGGGCUGUUUGUUAUCAGAGAAGGCGCAUUCCUUCGCUGGAAGAAGAGUGCGUGGUUCGUGCUCACGUCGAGGUCUCUCUCUCCCUCUCGCCAGCUGGUGCUGUGUCCCGCAACGAGCCGUGUCACGGAGCCAGCUUGGCCGCGCUCUACACUUCGAGGUGGUUCCUACAGCUGUUGUGGACAUACCUUGCGCGGGGUCUGAGGGGCUCCGAGGUCAACCCGACGGCGCGUGGGCACAAAGACAUGUUGUACAACGGAAAGGUAGUGACGGCUGACUCACUGGAUCGCGCACUCACGGACGCCAGGAGAACGUGGACAUGGCCUCGGGGAAAGCUGCGAAGUCCAGCCAAGUCGCGGCGCCUGGCCUACUCGCACUACAGGUAAUCUUUUAUCUUCCUUUUGCCAGGCUGUAAGAACGAAGCGCCCACGCAACUGCCACACUACAGCAUUUGUCCUGACGAUCCGGCAAAAAAAAAAAAAAAAACGCUAUCCUUCCCCAUCAGACUUCCACUGAGGUAGCGAUCCGGUCUCGGACCGGCUGAUUAACAGCCCUGAAAUUGGAUUAAGCAAGGAAAAGGCGCAUCGAACAACGUUAGCACCGAGCGAAUGCAGGAGAGAAAGUGUUGCGACAAAAAAAAGAA